GUGUUGUCACAAUUUUUAUUUCAUGUUGAUUCCACGAGUUGUAAGAUGGAGGCUACAAUAUAUCGUGGUUGUGUCCCAACAAAGGAAAUGGGAGUCGAUUUGAGGGGAUGUCAUUUAUUGUCCAGCAAGCUGUCAGACGAGACAGAAUAGCAGUUUAAAGGCUCUGUCUGAUGCUGGAACGAGGCGAUUUCUUGUCCUUUUCAAACCACAAACUACCCACUGCCAUGAAUUACAAUCUGCCUUUGUUGUGGCAGUUGUACGUUGCUGUCACGAGGGAGAUGUCUGUAUUCCAUCAUUACAACAUCCAUCCAUUUUCUUUGCCGCUUAUCCUCAGCGAUACAGUUUGCAAUGAGAUCGUGACGGACAAGUCCAAACAUUACCAGGAUGCACAUGAAAGAAAUAUGACGAGUGGACAUGCACGUCUUCGGCCAGACUGUGACGUAGCGAAGCGCUCGUAAAGGUUGAAUAAAGUGUUCUCGUGGCUAAUGGGGUCAAGCGAGCACGCUGGGGAUGAAUCUUGUCGGUGGCGUGGAGCAAAUGUGACUUUGUCGUGGUGGCUCUCAAAGUUUGACGGCUUCUAUUGUGGGAUCAUUGAGUAAUAUUAGUGAUCGAGAGCAGGAGAAGUGCGCAGAGUUGUCGCCUCAAUCGCAGCUGGACGACGGCAGGGACGAGACCGUGCUGCGUUCGAUUAUGCCCAAUUUCAUCACUUAUUGCCAGUCGAACCGGGCGGACCCAUGGUGAAGAGAAAGAAGACGUCGACCACUUGCGAAGAGCAUGACAUUUGCAUGACACCGGGCUCCAGGGAGGGAAUCGGUGUCGAUGGGACGAGGAAUCCGACCAGAAAGAACGACGGUUGCGACGAGGAGGAGAGCGGAGAGCAGGCGGCCGAGGAGCGCAGUACAAAGGGAGACGAGCGAGUGGAAAUUCUUAAUCCAGCACCCGCUACCCUCAUCCCCGGUUCGGGUUCUAGCCAGCAGACCCAGCCCCCGGCGGAGCCCACCAGCACCCCGUGCCCUGACCAACAUCAUUUUCUCCGCUCGAGCGUUCGACCUCCGAGCAAAAGGAUCCGGAAGGAUUCCAUCGGCUCGACCGUCAACGGCCAUGGCGGGGCCAAAUCGAAAGAGAACGGUACCGCUUCCCAGGGUGCAGUGGGACAGUCUGGACCGGUGCCCGGGUCUACGGGAGGAGUUUCCAAGACCACCAAGGGCCAAGGACCUGUUGAGAAGGAGGAGCAAGCCGGUAACCAAAAGCGGGCCCGUCGGCAGUGGGAAUCCUGGAGCGCGGAGGAUAAAAACAGCUUUUUUGAAGGGCUCUAUGAGCACGGCAAGGAUUUUGAGGCCAUCCAGAAUAACAUUGCCAUGAAGUACAAGAAGAGAGGCAAGCCGGCAAACAUGGUGAAAAACAAGGAACAGGUCCGCCACUUCUACUACCGCACGUGGCACAAGAUCUCCAAGCACAUUGACUUUGCCAAUGUUUACACCCGAGUGCUAAAAAAAUCCUCCCAGGAACUCUACGGUCUCAUCUGCUAUGCUGAACUCCGCAAAAAAGUUGGAGGGCUUAUGGAUGACAAGAAUGUGGCAAAGCUGAAUGAACUCAUCCAACAAGGGGCCACCACUGUGCGCUCCAAAGGGAGGAACUUGCGGAUUAAAGCACCCAUGUGCCGUGCGCUGAAGAAACUUUGUGACCCGGAUGGAGUAAGUGACGAGGAGGACCAGAAGCCGGUGCGUUUACCCCUGAAGGUGGCUGUGGAGCUUCAGCCACGCAGCAACUACUCCUGGGCCCGUGUUCAGAGUCUAGCGCACAACCCCCGCCUUAGGAUGGUGGUGGAGCUUCACAGGAAAGUUUCCAGCCUCAUUGAGUACCUGAAACAGAAGUGGGCCUAUCACGACCAGAGAAUUAUUAAAAGUCUGAUGGAAAGGGAAGCGUUAGAAGGGGCUCAGUCCGCUUCUCCGAACAAGCCGCCACCCGAAGAGCUCUUUCUUUUCCCGGCAGAGAGCAGCUCCUUGACCACACUACCCGGCGUGGCACGUGUGGUUCACUCCAAGGCCUCAUGCACUGUACACUGGCAAGAAAGCGGCAAGGCCCGGCCCAGCGCCAAAGAGCUACCCGCUGCUCAGAUCCUGGGUAUUCACACAGUUCCGCCCUCACGAGCAAGCAGCAAAUCCGGACGAGGAAACGCGAGUUCAGCUGCUCCAGUGACGCCACACUGUGACGCUUGUCAAACCGAGCCCUCCACCCUCGAGACUUCGCCCAACGGCUCUGGCAAGCCAGAGGAGAGGAGGCCAUCAUCUGUAGCCGCACUUCCCCAGAAAGUUGGGAUUCCCACAGAGGAGGCAACCGAGGGAGGGACUGUUGAGGGGAGCAAAACCUGCACCACUGGUGUCGAUUCCAGUGGGAGCCUCGCAGGGGCCAAAACGACAGAUACUUUGUGUAGUAGUGCAGAGAGCGCACUAGAGCAAUGCAAGGAGGACCAGAGCGCGAGCACAUCCUCCCCGGACGGCAUCCAGACUGCUCCAGCCAAGCUUUCGCCGGCUGGCCCAGAGGAGGGUUUGCCGCAGAGUUCGGCCCCCGCGGCCAAAGAGCGAACCGUCGAGCAGAUCAGAGGGGAAGGCUGGAACGUCCGUGACGCAGAGAACGUCACGCUGGCCGAGUUGUAUUUGAUGUUCGGGAAACCUGGCAAGCUGCAGCUGGAGUACGAGUGGCAGUCCAUCUCGCACCCUCACGAAAAAGGGCAAGCGCCGUCGCAGCCGAGAAUCCACGGGAAGCAACGAGUACUACGGUGUCUGCUAAGACUGGUCACUACAGAGGUCAACCCCAAGCCUUUGGCCCCAGAGCUUUGUUCCACAGCCACAUCACCCCUCAAGAAUCCCCAGGAGGAGCAAAACCAGGCCCUCACGCCCCCAGGAAAAGGCCCUAUCGCAGGGGUCCGCAGCCCGAGUUGUGGCCGGCAGCAGGCUUCUGUCCGAGGGGCCAAGUUACACCUGCCAAACAUUGGAGGCUCAGGUGCACGCAACCUUCCCCGCUCUCUUCUGGGCUCGUCAGGGGCCGCAGCCAGCGACUCCGAAGGCAACGUGUUUGCGGUGCCCACCACGCUCCCGCCGAACAGUUCCCGCCACAGCCGAAUGUUCUCCCCCAACAAGGAGGCCGAACUGGCCCUGAGGCAGCAGCUCGACUCCAUCAGCAUGCAGUCAGAUCUUUUCCUUUCAAGACAAAGAAAACCUCGUAACAAACUCCGGAAACCGCACGUGGUUCAGCGAACUCUUCUACCGCAAACCACGGGGGACACUUCGCAGCACGUCUGCUCUGUCUCCAUCCUUUCCAACUCCUCUACCACAGGAACUGGAUCUUUCCGGCCAAUUCAACCCCAGCUCGCUCCUGCCUCCCUCCCUCCAACGUCCAAGGCUUCGUCCUCGGCUAACUCAGAUUCUGCAGUCGCUAGCCAGCUCUCCAGUGCACUGGAUCUUGCAGCUAAGACUGCAGGCAUCAUUCCUGGAAGUCCUUGUCGGGAGCCGGAUCCUCCCGGGCUGGUCACCCCCGUACCAGUUGACACUGAUCCAGACUCUCAGCUCCUCCAGCACAACGUCUCAGAGAAUGGUCUACCUCCGCCAUCUCCCGGAGCCACAGAAGGCGGAGACUCUCUCCUCUCUCCGCCCAGCGUCGCCUCGCUCCUGGACAUCUCUUUGCCGGGCCCCCCCGAGGAGGCCAUGACCCCCGGAGAGAAUCAGACGCACAUCAGCGACUCCAUCAUCGAGCUCGCCAUCAACUCUGCCCACUACGGCGAGGAGGCGACGCUCUCUCCGGCCAAGCUGGGCAGCAGCGAGGGCUCCAAACUGCUGGCCUCGUCUCCCUCCAUCAGCCCGUCCCGGGGCUGGAUUCCUUCACCAAGCCACGACCCGCAGUGGUAUCCCAGCGACUCCUCCGACUCCACGCUGGGAUGUCUCCUAUCCAGCAUGGUGUCUUCUGACAAGGGCCGGCGGAGCACCCUCACCCCCUCUGGCCCCUCCAGCGGCACGGCUUUGCUGGGUCCCAGCCUCCUUGACUGCAACUCCCACGAUUCCUUUCAGUCACGGGGGCUUCCUGAUGUGGCUGAGAUGGACUCUCAGCUUGCCUGCAUGAUGAACGAGAGCAGCGUGGACUACAUCGCGCGCUUUAACGACCUGGCUCAGGAGCUCGCUGUGGCCGAACCCUCGAUUCCGCCACCCUGAGUGGGGUAGGCGGAGCGGCUCCGCUGACCCGACGCCAUCUGGACAACACAAAAGGAGCGCGUGCUACCCGCCGACUCGGAGCAAAGCGGCCUGUGGAAACAGACCAGUACCUUAAGCCAUCCCUGCCCUGUUUGUUAAAGUGCAAUAACGUGAGAGCCGCAUCGUUCAAAGAUGUGUUGGCCACACUAAACUAUUUGCAAUGAGAUAAACAACAAAAAACUCCCUUUAAAGACUUCCGUUUACAAUUCACAACCUCAUGUACAGGAAAAUAAUUUGCCAUAUCUGAAUGAAAAUAUUUCACUGAUCCUGCUCUUUUUGUGUCUUCUACGUGUAAAUUUAGCCCCGACAAAUGCGCAGUUUCAUCACUCACCAAAAGUUGGGACUAUUUAUUUUUCGGGUUAAAUUACAAAACCUAAAAUCCACUGACCUUUAUGGGUGACCUUAAUUUGACCUUUUCUACACUUUUAGUGCUUCAUCAAUACCUUUUGCAAAAUGUACUGUUUUCUAACAGAGGUGAUGCGAAUUCCCUCCACAUUACCAAGAACAGAAAGUUGAACUUGAGCUCAUUUUAGAUUCCUCCUCGUAUUUCACCCAAAAUGACAAUAUUCCUAUUUGUGAACAAGUGUGCAUAUCCCCCCCCCAAAAAAAAGUAGUUGAUAAAUAGCUCGUCACUCCAAUCUCUCGUUGAAGUUGCCUUGUAUUUCAUAUUCACUUCAUCUCCAUGAAUUCCGUUUGAUCAAAGUAGUGAACAUUUAAAAAGCAUCCAGUAUUUUUUUUUUAUCUUUUGCAAAAUGGCAGCUUGGUCGGCAGAUAAGUUUGAAGUUUGUCUCUUCGGUGAGGUCGUUUCAAUUUCGGCGGCGAAAUGAUUCAGUGUAAAUAUCCAUCUGCUCGACCAAUAACUUGUAUCUGUGAUGACGUUAAGACGUGAGUCCGCUUCGACCGGUUGGAAGAAAACCGUUGUACAUUCUAUAGCUUCACGUUUGAACCUUCUUAAUUUACCCAAGGACACACAUAUUCAUUUCUAUUCCAUAGAUGUAUUUUCCCUUUUUAUUUAAAUUGAACAGUAACACUUCAAUUAAAACGCUACGAAAGUGAGUGUAUUCAAUUUAUUUACCUUCGAUGACUGAACGCUGGACUGGUUGUGUUGAAUUCUUUUGAAAUGUUGACUGAUAGUCGUACGUGAACACUUGUGCCAAAGUCACUACAAACGGUUACCGCAGCUUCCUACGGUGAUCUAGAGGUCGAGGGGGUGUCUUUUUUUUUUUUUUUUUUUUUUGGAGUGCUCGGUCAUGUACGUACCGCGAAUUAUACGCGUCUCAAAAGUCCACUGUCAUCGCAUCGUGCCGUUUAUCGAACCAGCAUCAUCGCAGCGUGAAUUUUUGUACUUUGCGUCAGGUGGGUUUUAAAUAUUCCCUUCGCGGGGGUCUGUGGGGGAAAUAGGAUUUUGAGAACAUGAAUUUAAAUUUGACAUUGUAGAAAAGGAACUAACAGGUUUUAAACUUUUUGUUGUUUUUGUUUAAGGACUUAUUUGUACAAAUGGUGAUUCCAGUACUCACUGUGCUUUUGUAACAUAAUGUAAAUUAUUUAUUAACAUUUCUAAAAAGUGGUUCUUUUAAUUUAAAAAUGGAACAACUUUGUUUGGAAUUUCCAUUUAGUUAAAGGUGUUUUUAUUCUGUGCAUAAAGUUCACAAUAUAUACAUAAAAAUGUACAUUUUGUAUUUUUUGUUUUUUUGUUUUGUUUAACCAAAGCAAUGUGAAUGUUCAUGAGCAGAGACAUUUUGAAUAUUAUAACAGUUGGGAUAUGUGGAUAUUACAUAGUUUUACAUACGCUUGGGGUUAUGUACAAAAGUGACUUUUUUUUCUUAAAUAUGUUGAAAUAUACUCUAAACUUUUAGAGCAAGGGUGACUCAUUUUUGUUGCAGACCACAUUUUGGUUAUGGUUUCGCUCAGAGGGCUAUUUAUGACUCAUACACAAAUUGAUGGAUAACUAGUUUUGAAAUCACAUCAAAGACUAGUUUGCUCAGCUAUUCCGUUUAUUUUGAAAAGGGAAUUGAUGAGGGGAAAAAAAUUGCUUGGAAUAAUAAUGUGCAACUUGAGUCCAGAUUUUAGCAUGAAGUAGUUACAUGGACUGCCACAAUGUUUGUGAACUCUUCUUGACCAAAGAAUGCAACUUAUUACUGAAAAUGGAGCUGAAACAUUUUC